AAUUUCCUGAAGAACUACUGUACCAAAAGCAGCCUUCACGGGUUGAGAUACAUAGUCGAGCCAGGCGCACACUGGAUGGAACGUCUCAUCUGGACAAUUGUCUUCACUUUCUUUCUUAUAUGCACCGUUGUCGUCAUCUCAAAAUUAUCUAGUCGAUUUCAGACAGCUCAAACGUCUACGGUUGUUGAAACGACGCAAUACCCAGUGUCAGAACUUCCAUUUCCCAGCGUCACUUUGUGCCCGAGCAAUCGAGUGAACUGGCAGAAAGCUCUCGAAAUGGAAAAAGAUAUAGUCCCUGUACAUGACCUGGAAGCAGUUCGAACGUACCGCGACCUGGUAACCAGACUCUCAACCCUGACCUUCGGCGACUUCGACAAGUUACAAUUCCUCGAAAACCGGUCACUUGAAGUUUUCAGCGGUACAUUGUUGGGUGAGAACUUGACAAACUUUCUUCAAACUGUCGCACCGACCUGCGCUGAAUUUCUGAGUGACUGCUGGUGGCGUGCUUCGUACAGAAAUUGCUGUGAAAUAUUUGAGGUACAGAGGACCGAGUACGGUUUCUGCUACUCGUUCAAUUCCGAAACUUCUGAUUCCGAUCACGAGAUGUACUCAAAGGAGCUGAGGCCAAGACGAAGUAAUAUGAUGGGCGAUUGGAGCGGCAUCAGGCUUGUAGUCAGCCUAAAUAAAUCGUCUCAGCCUCCAAAUGCAGACAAAGCUGUAGAAGUGACGGUCUUUGUGGGCGAUCCAAAGUCCUGGCCAAGCAGUGGGAGCAAUUCAGCACUCGGAACGUUGUCAAGCAUCGGAGUGGAAUGCCCGUCUAUUUAUGCGACCGAGCGGAUCCUUCAGCUGGACAAAACAAAACUGAGUUGCAAGCUCAGCGGCAAAAUGGAAUACAAUCAAAACUUCUGCCUGACCAUGUGUCGACGUGAUUCAGCCAUCAAGCAGUGCGGAUGCAACCCACUUUUCCUGAUGCCAUCAGGUCCAGAACGAGCCUGCGUUUUGGAUGAUCUUCUGUGUCUAGCAAGAGAAAACGGUAUAUUCAACAACUAUAUUUUAGAAAAGAACGCCUACUUCGGUAAUGAUACUGUCGGGAUGAACUGCAGUUGUCCUCCGGAAUGCGAAGGGUACAACUACCGGUACCAAAUCACGCAUACAAAAUUGAGAGACUCCAUUGCUUUCAACACAAUCUUCAUCGAUGUUCAUUACGAGUCAGCCUCGAUGUUACGAUACAGGAUGGAUAUUGUCUACACCCAACUAGACCUGCUCGUGUCAUUUGGCGGAGUCUUUGGCCUAUUUUUGGGAGGUUCUAUACUCAGUUUUGUGGAACUGCUGUACCACUUGACCAUUGGCUUGAUUGGCCAUAUAUUUCGUAGUACAGAAACCAGUGGAAAGACAGCUGAGUGCUCCAAACGUGCUAAGAGCCAGGAUGAUCAAAAGCCUUCAGUACCCACAGUUUACAGGGUCCUACCACUCAUGGAUUAUCAUGUAAAUCGGCGAACAAGCUUGUACAGAUACUGAGGCAUUUUUAUACGUUCGUGAGUAAUUUUGAAAUAUUUGAGUCAACGUGUUUCCCCCAUUUUUCGAAUACACAAUAGAUUCGAUGAAUUAAGAAUUCAGGUAUCGAAACCGUAUAAUGACAUUUUAAUACGUUCAAUCACGUUGCUUUUAGUUUUGGUACGCUUACCCAAAUUUAUAUCAGGUGUUUAUACGUAGUUGUAAGCACAAGUUAAGUAGCUUUUCCUAGUAAGUAUAAGAUAGUCAAAGAGGCAUGAAGAUUAUGCCAAUUGUAAAGAGGCAUAAAGGACCGAGUAAUUGCAAGUUUUGAACUCUCAUUGAGAGUACUCAACAUUCGCGAUCAAAGGUGGCAUUAAGAGUUGACGAAUCGAAGACAGGAGGAUCUUUGAUUUUUAAGUUCCGUCAGUUAGAAUUGAUUUUCAUUUACGUCAAUGCUUUAGCUUAUAAGAAUAGAUACAAACGUUGGAAUAAUCCUGACAACCCAACAUUUAGAUAACAAUUCGUUGACCGCGCAAGAAACCUCGUUCAAUAUGCUUCGCAGUCAGAAUCAUUAAAAGGUAAAAAAGGUAAAAGCGAUUUGAUCGAUUUCUAUAAAUGAUGGAAAUGCAAACACUCGCUGAACAAAGGCAGAAAAACCUUUGACCUAUGCUAUAAUUUCCAGAGG